AUGGAUGACUGGGACAACAACAAUGAAUUCGUUCAGCGACUGGACUUUUCCAGUUGUGGUGAAGAGAGUGAAGAAAGAAGUGUAAAUGAGGAGGACUCCCUGAGCUUGAGCCCCCCCAGAAGCUCAGAGUUCCAGAAAUGGCAAGAGAGCAGUCCUCUGCCAGCAACCCCUCAGAGAAAGCUUAGUGAGAUUUUCCUGAGCAGAACAAAAGCCUGGAUGAGUCCCACCCUGAAGUCUUCCCCAUCUGUGAGCAAGAGCUGGAGUAAACCUGAGACACCACUGCACAUCACAUGGAAAAAGCUGCAGCUCUGUGACACCCCGCACACUCCUAAGAGCCUGUUAUCAAAGACAGCUUUUCCUUCAUCUGCAACAAAGGUCCCAGCCAAAGGCUUUCGACAUUUGAGGUUCACUCCUCGUGCUGACUCUGACUCUUCCCAAGCUUCUCUUGUCAACAUUAAUCCCUUCACACCAGAAUCCUAUCGACAAAUGCUCUUCCAUCCUAAUGGCAAACGGAAGGCUGCAGGAGAGCUGAAUGAUCCUCAUCCAGGAAGCCAGAUUAAAAAGGAGCUACCUACAAAGAGAUAUACUCUGAAGGCGAGCAAUAUGGUUUCCCGCUACAAGAAGGAGUUCCUGGAACUAGAAAAAAUUGGCGUAGGGGAAUUUGGCUCUGUCUACAAGUGCAUCAAACGUCUUGAUGGAUGUGUUUAUGCCAUCAAACGCUCCAAAAGGCCUCUGGCAGGAUCCUCAGAUGAGCAGCUGGCACUGCGCGAGGUUUAUGCCCACGCUGUCCUGGGACACCACCCCCAUGUCGUGCGCUACUACUCGGCCUGGGCAGAGGAUGAUCACAUGAUUAUCCAGAACGAGCACUGCAAUGGUGGGAGUCUCCAAGAUGUGCUGCUGGAAAAUGCAAAGCUUGGGCAGUAUUUCCCAGAAGGAGAGCUGAAGGAAAUAUUGCUGCAAGUCUCCAUGGGACUAAAAUACAUCCACAACUCUGGCCUUGUGCACCUGGAUAUCAAACCUAGUAAUAUCUUCAUCUGUCACAAGCUGGCAGUUUCAGGCCCUGCUGGGCAGGAGGAGAGUGACAGUGAAGAUGAAUUCUCUCCUGGUGUGGUGUAUAAGAUUGGUGACCUUGGACAUGUGACAUCAAUAACAAACCCUCAGGUGGAGGAAGGAGACAGACGGUUUUUGGCCAAUGAGAUUCUGCAAGAGCAAUACUGCUACUUGCCCAAGGCAGACAUCUUUGCCCUGGCACUCACAGUGGCCCUGGCAGCUGGGACAGCACCACUACCUCACAACGGGGCCCUGUGGCACCACAUCCGGAAAGGCAAUGUCCCACCCAUCCCCCAGAAGCUUCCCCACCGUUUUCUUGAGCUCCUUAAGCUCAUGAUCCAUCCUGACCCAGCACAAAGACCUUCUGCCACGGCUCUCACCAAACACCCUGUUCUCCGUCCUUCAUGUGGAAAAGCUGUGCAGCUCCAGGAGCAGCUAAAUAUGGAGAAAUGCAAGACUGCCAUGCUGGAAAGGGAACUUAAAGCAGCUCGCCUUGCCCAGACCCUCAUGAAGGACCAAGCCUUAGGAAGUGCCAAGUUACAAGAGUCUGAAACCUCUUCUAAGCAGAAGAGCAAGCGUCUGGUGGGAGGGAAGAGCUGUCGCUCGUUUAGCUUUACUCUGGGUUUCUGA